AUGGUCACAUGGCACGAGGACAUGAAAGAUUCUGAAAGAACAUUCUCGUUUACGUGGUUGGCGGAGGACUUCACCGUAGGCCAAGGACUUGCCAUUGAUGAAUUUGAGGAUGAUGAUGAUGAGGCUACCAAUAGUAAUAUUCCAAUCAGGGUGGUAAGGAAGCUCGUGGUCAUGUCCUUAACCAAGAAAAUAUACAACAAAGGUGUCUCUCUCGUCAAUCACAGUUGCACUAUUUGA